CUGACGCAAUCCAGGGAAAGUGGUAAUGUUGGGAGGGAGUGUCCCGUCCGCACGCACAGACAGCAGGGAGCAGCUGCAGCAAGAGGACCUCUGGUAACAUUCCACUUGUAUUGCUGAAAGUGACAUAUAUUACCAUUUAAAACUUUAACAAUUCUAUAAUAGCAUUGUAUCAACGACAGCUAAAAUGGUAGAUCGCGAGCAACUGGUGCAGAAAGCCAGGCUGGCCGAACAGGCUGAAAGAUAUGACGAUAUGGCAGCAGCAAUGAAAUCGGUGACAGAGUUAAACGAGGCCUUGUCCAAUGAGGAGAGGAACCUGCUCUCUGUGGCCUAUAAGAACGUGGUGGGGGCACGGCGCUCGUCCUGGCGCGUCAUCUCCAGCAUCGAGCAGAAGACCUCGGCGGACGGCAACGAGAAGAAGAUUGAGAUGGUGCGUGCGUACCGCGAGAAGAUCGAGAAGGAACUGGAGACCGUGUGUCAGGACGUGCUCAACCUCCUGGACAACUUCCUGAUCAAGAACUGCAACGACACGCAGCACGAGAGCAAAGUGUUUUACCUGAAGAUGAAGGGCGACUACUACCGCUACCUGGCCGAGGUGGCCACGGGUGAGAAGAGGGCCGGCGUGGUGGAGUCCUCUGAGAAGUCCUACAGCGAGGCCCAUGAGAUUAGCAAGGAGCACAUGCAGCCCACCCACCCUAUCCGCCUGGGUCUGGCCCUCAACUACUCCGUGUUUUACUACGAGAUCCAGAAUGCACCUGAGCAGGCCUGCCACCUGGCCAAGACCGCCUUCGAUGACGCCAUCGCUGAGCUGGACACCCUGAACGAGGACUCCUAUAAAGACUCUACCCUCAUCAUGCAGCUGCUACGAGACAACUUGACACUGUGGACGAGCGACCAGCAAGACGACGAGGGUGGCGAGACCAAUAACUAGAGAGUCCCUAAAAAGACCCCCCGUGUCCUGUUUCAGCCAAUACACAACACACCCACACACUCACAAAUGACAACAAACAACAAUUAAACGGUUUUUAGACAUGUUAAAAUGUUGGCUGGUGGAACUCUGGUAGCCACUUUUGCCGAUGAUGGUACUACAGCUGCUGCAGCUCUUUAAUUUUCCCAACGAAUUUAAAAAGUGAAGAAACAAUUUAAUUCAAAAUAGGAGUAGGAGGUGAGAUGAGUUUAGUUUCUAGUAUAGUUAAAAAAAUUAAAAACAAUAAUAAUAAUAGAUAAACCCCUUCCUUCUUGACGGCCUCUGCAACUUUUGUCAAAACACCACUUGAGAAUGAAGAAGGUCAGUGAGUCAGUCAGUCAGUCAGUAAGUAGAGUGUGGCUGUUGUGUUAGAGACGCCACCCUCACACUGGUAUGGAGACUGGCAUGUUGUUAUGUCGUUAGCUACAUGAAGUGGAGCUGCUUAUUUAACUUAUGUGGUAAGGGAGGAGGAACAUUCAAAAUGUAUGUAAGGGGAGAUCGAAGCUUGUGCAAAAAUAAAAUUCAUAUAUAGAAUAUAAUUAUUAUAAUUUUUUUUUUUUUACUUCAUCACCUCGCAAAAAAAAUAAAGAAUUGCAAAUAGUUUCCAGAAAGGAUGAAAGAGGUAUCGUACCUCUAGCUAGACACCUCAGACUUACCAACAUGGAAUCUAAAAAGUAUGCCUCACCCUGUAAUGGUAAUCGUUGUGUGAAGCCAGGUAUUCUCUCCUCUUCGUUAUUGAACACACAUAAAUAAUGUUUCGUUCCCAUGAUGUCAGCAAUUGGUUUGGACCCAGUCAUCCAGACUUAGAGUAACGGAAGCAGGAGUAGAGGAAACACACAGCCAGUACAGCCCUCUCAUGCACUGAUAUGCUAUACAGACAUAAACAUUUUCAAGCACAUUGUUAUUACGCUGCUCAACAAAAAUAAAGGGAACACUAAAAUAAUACAUCCUAGAUCUGAAUGAAUGAAAUAAUCUUAUUAAAUACUUUUUUCUUUACAUAGUUGAAUGUGCUCACAACAAAAUCACACAAAAAUAAUCAAUGGAAAUCCAAUUUAUCAAC